AGAAUUGCACUCCUAAGGAAGAUUUUGAUGGAGAUAUCUGGAGACUACAGCACCCCAUAUGCCAGAGUGACUCCUAAAUACCAUACUCGUCUGCAAGGUAUAGAGCCACAAGUGGGCAAAAGACGCUUAUCUCAGGCACGUCAUAGAGCUACUUUGGCAGGACUGUUCAACAACUUACGAGAAACUGUAUUUUCGCAGCAAGAAAAUUCUGUCUCAAAGUCUCAAGUUUUAUGCCAAGCUAAGAAUUAUAUCCAGGAAUUGGAGCAAACUUUGGAAAAUCUGUUGAAGAUGAAAGAAGUUUUAAAUCUGGAAGAUGGCAAUCCGUCCAGUUUGGAAGAUGUAAAGGAGGAAUAUGUCAAGAUGUAUUUCAACAAUCAUAGCAUCAUACAUUCUUCAGAUGUUUUGAGUCAAAAUGGCACCACAGUCUGGUACGUGAUUCAAGAACAUGAGAAACCAAUUGUAGAAGAAGAUGUAAGUCAAAGGCUAACACAGUCACCAGCUACCUCUUCUCCUGAUCUCAUGGAGUUUGAACGAUACUUGUAUUUUUACAAGCAGACUGUAGACUUGUUGGUUGAUAAUGCAGUUGUAAGCCCAGAAGAAGUUAUGCUCCCUGUGGUCUCCACAGCUGUUUCCCAUCUGUGGCAGGGUCUCCCAGAAGACAGGAAGGACAGUGUUUUGCACUACUGUAGUCAAAGACAGAAUUUCAUCUCUGAGAUCAAGACAGCGUCUCAAGAACCUGCCUGUACUGAUGAGAGCAGUGUGAGGGACAGUGGAACCAAUAGUCAGGAAGCCAGCGGUUCAGUAGUGUCCACACCGGAGGAGAUCCUCUUUGAAGAUGCUUUUGAUGUGGCCACUAGUUUUCUUGAUAGAAAUGAAACACAAGAAAUAUCCAGUCAAAGCUCAGCAUUCACAGUCUGUGGUUCAGAUAGCCAAGAGGAUAACCAUCGUAUCUACUUGCAGAUCAUCAGCUUCUUGAAAAAUCUGUUUUUUGCUAGCACACAACCAUCACAGGAAGAAAUUCUUCAGUUAGACUACGAGACUGUAAUGUUGCGAUGCACGGAGACAUUUGAUGAUGAUUUGUAA